AGGCCACUCUCCCAGAGCAGACCGCGGCGGCGGCAGGCAGCCACAUCAGUAUUCAAUCAACGCUUGCUUCGAUCGGUUCGGUUCGGGUUCGGUUCGAAUGUUAACAACGCAAACGAACAGCAACGCAGCGCGGUCAGUUUUUUUUUUUUUUUGUUUCUUUGGAGGCGAGGUGUGAGGUUGUAAACCGUGUGGACACGCGGCGCAUUUGUUGAGGGAGGCUCGGUUCGGUGUUGAAAGAAAGAACGCGGUGUGCGGGAAGAAGCACUGACUGGUACAAGUGUGUGAGGGUGAGUGCUGUGCUGUUUGAAGAAAGAAGAACAGUUCGGGCGCGGGUCGCGAACUUUUUCGCACUUUGUUCCGGCGUCGUCGUCGACGAAGAAAGUGCUGACUGACCACCGCGUGCUUGCAAGGAGGCGUGAGCUUGUUGGAUUGCCGGUCACCGGCGGAACAUAAUUUCCAACAUUUUCCAGCUCAAGAAACAAAAUUAAACUCACCUGAGAAAAAUGUAAAUCCAAUCUAACAGCAAACCAGUGCAAAACCAAAACCGACAUAUCCCUCGAAAACACAAAUAUAGUGCAUAAAGUAAAAGAUUACCAGUGCAAUCAAUCGUGAGUGCUAAGCUAUCAGCUAUCACAGUGGCCACCAACACAGCCAGCAACGCUCCAAACAACCGCACAGAAUGACGCACGGCCCUCCCGCAUCGCGUAAACGGCCCCAAAAUGGGACGGCCUCUGGUGGCAGCACUACUGGUGGCGCCGGCGAUCCGGAAUCCAACCAGGCCACGAUGAACACCGGACUGCCAACUCCACCGGACGGUGGCUGGGGAUGGAUGGUUGUCCUGGCGUCCUUCAGCAUACACAUUGUCACGGACGGCAUCACCUAUUCGUUCGGCAUGUUCUACCUCAAGUUCUUGGACUACUUCAACGAGGGCAAAGGCUACACGGCAUGGAUUGCUUCGAUUCUGGUUGGCGUGACACUUUGUUCCGGUCCCAUCUCGUCUUCCCUGGUCAAUCGUUUCGGCUGCCGGGCGGUAACCAUCGCCGGUGCCAUCCUAGCGGCCAUCAGUCUGGCCGUCAGCGUCUUCGCCCAGAGUGUGUUCUUCCUGUUCAUCUCGAUCGGAUUUGGCACUGGAAUGGGCCUAGGCUUGAUCUACCUACCGGCCAUCGUCAGCGUGACGAUGUACUUCGAAAGGUUACGGUCGCUGGCCACCGGGAUUGCCGUGUGCGGUUCCGGACUGGGAACGUUCAUCUUCGCUCCGGUUACCGAUAUGCUGAUCAACAGUUUGGGCUGGCAGCAUGCGCUGUUGGUGCUAUCCGUGAUCGUACUGAUAAGUUGCAGCAUUUUUGGCGCUAUGUUCCGACCACUGGUGGCGUCACCUGAUGAGCUGGAAAUGGCACCGAUGAAGCCGGUUGAGGCGCAGGGUUCUGCGGCAGCAUCCAACGGUAAAGCGAAUGGUGACGCUGGAGACGGUGACCAGAACAUCGUCCGGUCGCACAGCUUUGGCAAUUCUCCGAAGAUUGCUCUGAAUUCGAACGGUAAAUCAACCAGCGGACAGAGUCUACAGCUGGCGACGAGCCAGCCCUUGCUGGCCCAACCUCCCACGUAUGAUCAGGCCAAUCCCCAUACUAUGGGUUCAACGACCAUCCGCAGGGCGGAGAGUGGAACCAUGUACCGUAAGGACGCGCUGUACACCGGUUCGCUGCACAACAUUUCUUCGCGACACGCUUCCCACGCCAGCUUGGCCACCUACGAGAAGGGAGUCUACGGAUCGCUGCAAGGAAACGGCAAAGCCAUCGGAGCCGAAGAACCAGUGGUCUGUUGCGGAUGCAUUCGCUGUUCCCAGGAAACCUCCGACACCUUCCGGGAGAUGAUGAACUUCUCCAUUCUGAAGGAUCCGAUCUUCAUCGUGUUCACCGUUUCGAACUUCUUGACCAGUAUUGGGUUCAACGUGCCGUACGUGUACCUGGCCGCGCAAGCCGACGUUCUGCAGAUCGACACCAAGCAGGCUAGUUACCUGCUCGGAAUCAUCGGUAUUGCCAACACGAUUGGCCGUAUCAUACUCGGUUACCUAUCGGACAAGCCGUGGGUCAACCGGCUGCUGGUCUACAACCUGUCGCUCACCAUCUGCGGUGUUGCAACUGCCUUCUCCGUAAUGUGCCUCGACUUCUACAGCCUCGCAACCUACUCCGCAAUCUACGGUUUCACAAUCGGUGCCUACGUCGGGCUGACCUCGGUCAUCUUGGUUGAUCUUCUGGGGCUGGAGAAGCUCACCAAUGCCUUCGGAUUGCUGCUGUUGUUCCAGGGUAUUGCCUCCUUCGUCGGACCGCCUCUUGCAGGUUGGCUCUACGACAUCACCCUCUCGUACAACCCGGGCUUCAUCCUGGCGGGAUCGACCAUUGCCCUGUCCGGUGUGAUGCUGUUCGCCAUUCCGCCAAUGCAGCGAUACCUAGCUAAGAAGCAAUCCGCCGCCGGGGCGACCAUGUGCCAAGCGCAGGAAAGCUGAAAUUGCUCAAACCCACCCUGCAGGAGACCGGGCGAUCCUCCGAGACGGCACGGGGAUCGAUGAACAAACCUAGACCAGAACAAACAAGCGCAGGCUUCUUGUGAUAGCUUAACACUAAAAAAAAAGGUUAACUUCGACCGGAGUAGGCUUUGGGAUGAUUUUAUUUCCAAUGGAACGCGGGCUUCCCUCAGCAGGCGGGAACCACAGUUUUAUCGAAAGUACCAAAGUAGGCUUAUCUGUAGUAAGAACUAGUGAAAUUCAGAACAAUACAACACAAAACAAGAAAUCCAUUAACAUAUCUAAAAGUUAGGGUUUAAUUCUACUAGGCGAAAAGUUUAAAUCUUAAAAUAAGCUAGGUUCAAUUAGAGAUCAUCGGAGUGAUGCGCGCGCGCAAGGGAAUUCCCAAUUUUUACGUGGGACCACAAAACAAUCCUAGGAUGCGAGCGAGGAAGAGAGAUAGAGACAGAGAGAGAGUUUGCAUGAAAAUGUGAAAGUAUACGUAACUAGCCUAAAGAUUAGCCUAGGGAGUCCUACAAUAAGUAAGCUUUUAGAAAAGGGAAUGAUGUACUGUAAAAAUCCUUACAGCGAACUACAACAAAAGGCGCACGAACCGGAAUUCGUGCGACGAGUAAUGAUACAGGGUAAAAUAGCUGAACGCUAUAGUGCUACAAAGUUUUUCCUUUUUGUUUCUUUUUAUCGUGUUUUAGUUUUUGUUUUAUACGAAUCCAAAUGUUGCCAUUAUGAGCUCUUCCAAAGUGCCGUCACUAACGAUGAAAAAUGUACGAGUUACCGUUGCGUUAUUGGUUUUAUUGAUAACAUUAAAUUGUACAUAGUAA